AUGGGAGCCAUUUGUCAAGAUAAAGCUCUUUUAACAGAAAUUGCAAAAGGAGUCGAAAUAGGAACCAAAGAAUGUCAAUAUCAGUUUAGAAACAGGCGGUGGAAUUGCACGACCGUUAAUAAAAGUCUGAAAAAGGUUCUCAUGAGAGAUACGAGAGAAGCUGGUUUUGUAAAUGCCGUUACGGCAGCCGGUGUUACAUUUGCUGUAACGAGAGCUUGCACAAUGGGAACCUUAAUGGAAUGUACCUGUGAUAAGUCAUCCUUUAAAGGGAUCCGUCGUAUAAAUAGAAAAAGAUUUGAUAAAACAAAUUUAGCGUUAGGAAAUACGGAGUGGGAGUGGGGAGGAUGCGGUGAUAACGUUAAUUUCGGUUUUAAAAAAUCAAAAAUUUUUAUGAAUUUCCCAUAUAAAAGAAGGAAAAAAAGCGAUAUGAAAGCAUUGAUAAGACUACAUAAUAACGGAGCUGGAAGAUUGGCGGUGAAAAAUUACAUGCACACGGAUUGCAAAUGUCACGGUCUCUCCGGUUCAUGCACUCUAAGAACUUGUUGGAAAAAAAUGCCGACGUUUCGUGAAGUUGGCAAUCGUUUGAAAGAAAAAUUCGACGGAGCAUCAAAAGUCAUACCUAGCAACGAUGGUAAAAAUUUUAUACCUUAUGGCACGACAAUAAAACCACCCAACAGAGGAGAUCUCGUUUAUUCCCAAGAUUCACCGGAUUAUUGUAAAUUUAAUAGGAAAAGCGGAUCGCUCGGAACCGUUGGAAGGAUAUGUAACGUCACUUCCCCCGGCGUUGACGGUUGCGAGCUUUUAUGUUGCGGAAGAGGUUUCGAUACGAAAUUAAUAAGGGAAAAAGUUAAUUGCGAUUGUAGAUUUCGAUGGUGUUGUGAAGUUACGUGUAAUACGUGUAAUCAAAAGCGUACAAUUCACACAUGCCAUUAA